CAUGGAAGACAUCUUCGAAGCUUGCAUGUAUCAACAGCUACGGUGUAGUAGGUAUUAAUGCCGUCGUUGCUGUCCGUGAGGCUGGCUUGAGUCUUCCAAGACUUUGAGUGAACGACCAGCUAUUACCGGAAAGCAGCCGUUCUAGCUAUCUGCUGCUUCGGAAUCCAGUUUGAUCGCGUAUGCGGGAAAGCCUGUGUCAUUUAUAGAAGCAGAGCGAUCAUCUUCUACGAACACUGCCCAUCUUCUUUCAGACGUUCUCUUCAACCUGACAGAUAAAGCCAACCAUACGCUUGCCUACUCAGUUACGAAAGCCGUUACUGAUUUAGACGACUUAGAGCAGCUACUCAGGAGUAUUGUAGCAGGCACUAAAACGCCAGUGAAAGACUCCUAACCCUACCUCGCGUCCGGUCAUCAUGGUUUUCGGCGGACAGGAGGGCGAUUUUAUUGGUAUUUCAAAAGAGGCUGUAGAGCAAUCCACACUUCUAAAAUCUCAUCUAGAUGCAUGCGAUUACGAAUUGCACAAACUCCGACAUGUAAGCAUAUUCCCGGUUAUACAUGAACGCGAAAGCAUCCAGCACUUGCCAACUCUUCAUGCUGUUCUUUUUGCAACCGAAUAUGAAUCCGCCAUGUCCUGUAUCGACAGUGGAAUGCGUGCCAGCUCCAUGGUAGGACAUAGCUUCGGUCAGUUAGCUGCAUUGUGCAUUUCAGGCUCUUUAUCUCUUGGCGAUGCUAUGAAAUUAGUUGUUGGCCGAGCAGAGCUUAUCGGAAAAAUUUGGGGUGAGGAGAGAGGAUCCAUGCUGUCUGUCCAAGCAGACCAGGCGAGGGUAAGGAGUGCCCUGGACAAAUUCAAUGCCUCAUCGUCUGACGGAAAGUUGGAGGUCGCUUGUUUUAACCAUCCAACAAACCACGUAGCUGUGGGUACGGCCAAAGUUGUAAGUGCCUUCGAGGCCACUGUUAGUGAUGAAAAGCUUCGUGUCAAAAAACUGAAAGCCACAUAUGGUUUCCAUUCGGCCUUGACCGAGGGUAUACUACCAGGUCUUGAGAAACUUGCCAGCAGCUUACAGUGGAAGAAACCUACAAUUCCCAUUGAGCUAGCAACUGAAGAGCACAAUUCUGAAGAACCAGGAGCAUGGUUAAUUCCGCAACACACGCGCAAGCCCGUUCACUUUUCCUCAGCAGUUCAGCGACUUGCUAGGAAGUUCAAGUCUUGCAUUUGGGUAGAAGCAGGUCAAGGAUCGUCUGUUAUGUCAUUGGUGAAACACAGUGUUAAUGGUGAAGGCGAGCAAUUGUACUGUCCCUUGUUUUUGAACGGUCCAAGUGCAGUUUCUUCUCCCGCAAAGACUGCAGUUGAACUAUGGAAAGCUGACAUCCAUGUUCAAUUCUGGCCAUAUCACCGAAGUCAACGAGCUCAUUUCGAGCACAAGAGUCUUCCUCCGUACCAAUUUGAGAAGACUAAGCAUUGACUUCCUUUCAUUGACCAGGUAGCUCCUUCAGCACCAGCCACAUCAACUGCCCCCAUCGUAAAGAUGCCCCCAUCGCAUCAGUUUUAUUUCAUUCUUGGAAUUCUCCGAUUCAAGCAAGAAAGAAGCACUUUUCCUUGUCGACCCCGAAAGCCCGCGUUACAUGUAUCUAUUGAACGGCCAUAUCGCAUCCGAUCAAGCCCUCGCGCCUGUAUCUCUUUACGUCGAACUAAUUUCCCGCGCUACUAUAAUGUUAACAGAAGGUGCGAGCUUCAAAACACACGUCAUUAACAUGGAUUCAAUGGCAAUGAAAGGUGCACCAAUUGGUCUCGAUGCUAAGAAGAACAUAUAUAUCAAACUUAAGCACAUUACACCAGGCGUAGACUAUCGGGAUCUUGAAUAUUCCAGUAAGCUAAAGGAGGGCGGCGAGUAUCAAAUCCAUGUCACCGGAAGAGUAAGACUUGACAAGCGUAAUGAUCCUGGAUUGGCCAAUAAAAUCAUGCAAUGGAGUGCGUUUAUUGGAUACAAGAGGUGUCUCCAAAUCAUGAGCAGUGAAGACGGAGAGAAGAUGCAGGGUAAGCACAUUUAUCGCGCACUGCAGAGAUUUAUUUCCUUCGAUGAGAUGUACCAUGGUAUCAAGAGCAUUUCAUACCAGGGUCACGAAUCCGCAGGAAAGGUUGCAGCGGAGCUAGAUUCUAAGCUUUCUCCUGACGAAGCUCUGUAUGACGCGCCCACCAUUGACGGAAUGAUGCAAUUUGCCGGAAUUCUAGUGAAUUGGUUUGCACAUCCUAGUGGUAAAGACGUCCUACUCUGCCAGGGAAUCAAUCGCGUUAUUACUGGAGGUAGUUUCGAUAUAACGGCUAAAAAAAUGGAUUGCAUACUCGCUUUUGACUGAGGAUACCGAGGAGCGCACGGUCAGUGAUGUCUACAUUUUUUGAUAAGAAGUCGCGAAAAAUUGUGAUUGCCUUUAUCGGAUCCGUUUUUACAGGAACUUCGGUAUCCGUCUUGCAACGCUCGCUCAGAAGUGUCAAUAUGGGUGGACCGGGUGCCAAUCCUACACCAAAACCAGCAGGUGCCUCUGCUCCCAAAUUAAUUGCCGCCGCUCCCCCAGCUGCUGGAGCUCCGAUACAGUCUAGUAGGACAUCAAAGAUACUGGAGGUUUUGCAAAAUGUCACAGAUGUUCCAACGGAUGAACUUACUCCUGAUGCGACACUUGAGGAGAUUGGAAUCGAUUCUCUCUUGUUUACUGAAGUCUUGAAUGAGAUUCAAUCUGCUUAAGGUCUUGAAAUUGACCUCAACACGUUCCUUUUCCUUCCAAACGUCAAGGCUGUGUGUGAUCAUAUCGAUUCUGCCCUAGGAGUCGUCCCAGGCGCGGCUGUUGAAGCUUCUGCCCCGGUCGAAGCAAAAGUCAAUGGCGUUUCCAAAGUAAGCGCAUCGUCUGCUAUCCUAGAAGGUGACUCGACGCCAUCGUUCCAUCGUACUCAGAAGCUCUUCGCAGAAAACAAAGAUCGCUAUGAAAGGGCUGCUUUCCAGAUCAAAGAGGUGGGAUUCUAGAAGGAAUGCUGCCCCUGUGAAGCUGCGCUUGUGCUAGCGUACGUCGUAAAGGCAUUUGCCAAGUUAGGCUACGAUAUGUCUGUACUCAAAGCUGGAGAUAUCGCCCCGUAAUUCCACACUUGCCUAAGCACAAGCGACUUAUGCGCCAAUUAUACCGAGUGCUCGAAGAUGGCUGACUCAUCAAUGUCAAUGAUCAAAGCCAAUUCAUUCGCACAUCAAAGCCUGUCGAUCCUACGCCCGCAUUGACCAUAUAUGAUGAGAUCAUCCAGCAUUCCCACUCCACGCUAGCGUGCAUAAAGUCACUGCGGCUGUUGGAAAGGAACUCGCAGGGUGUUUGACUGGUGAGAAGGAUGGUCUCCAAAUCGUGUUCGGUAAUAAAGAGAACAAGAAAGCCCUCGAUGAUCUCUACGAGAACUGGCCUCUUGUACGCUCGGGCACCAUCGGAUUGGGUGAGUACCUUGAGAAAGCCAUGGCAAACCCGGAUAGACCUGGUAAAUUCCGCAUACUGGAAGUCGGAGCUGGUACAGGUGGUACAACUAAGUACAUUGUUCGCCAUCUACAGAAGUUGGGUAUUCCGUUCGAGUACGUCUUCACAGACUUUUCCGCAUCGCUCGUUGCAGCCGCCAAACGUACAUUCAAGGAUUUUCCUGAGAUGGAAUUUACGACAUUGGAUAUAGAGAAAGAGCCAAAAGAAUCUUGGAUUCACUCAUUCCACGUCGUCAUCUCAACGAAUUGCAUCCACGCGACAAGAAACCUGGCCACAUCAUUAACGACGAUUCGAAAGCUGCUCCGAGAUGAUGGUGUCGUAACAUUGGUCGAGAUUACUCAGAACAUGUUCUGGUUGGAUAUUGUUGUUGGAUUUUUCGAGGCAUGGUGGCUAUUCGAGGAUGGUCGAGAGCAUGCAGCAACACAUGAGUCGCUUUGAAAGAACGCUCCGCGCUAGAUUUGCCGCAGUGGAUUGGACAGAUGGAGAAGAACCCGAAGCACGCACCAUUCGUGUUAUUGCAGGGUUCCCUACAAACUUAAGUGCUUGAUGGAGUAUGAAGAAGAGCCCAGCAGUAUAGAAAGCUGAGGGCUGAAGUUGAAGAAUUCUCUACAAUGUGAAAUGUAUAGGUUGGUGGAAGGCGGAAUGAAUUCGUGGUAAAAGCGUGUCACAAGAAUGUUUGUGUACCAGUAAAGACUCGGCUCACUCUCCCGUGUAAAUGUUCCCAUUUAUCUUCACACAUGAAAGAAGUUCUUAGAAAGGCGUCUUUUUCUUGAUAAAUGUUCUGACUCGUAAGGAAGGAUGGAGAUUGGGGCAACUUUUCAUGUGCAACAAAAUAUUUCUAUCCUCACCGCUCGGCAGAAUAAUUGUCGAUAUUUAUGAUUGAUAUAACCCUCAGGCCCCGGAUUCUAUACUUAUCCAGCUGCUACUCCAGCUAGCAUUUAAAUUUAGAACCUUCAUUAUCAAACCAUUAUCUUGCGGCUUAUUGAUUUUAUAUGAUGUCGCAUUAGCGCCCGUGGCUUUAUAAACCAGCUUGCAGCAAGGCUAAGGGAACUCGCAUGCGUAGAUAGAUAGAUACCUUGCAGGUAAUCAAGCUUUACCAGGCAGGAUUGCUUGAUUCAACGUUCUUCAAGGCCUCGUU